CCGGCGUGGGGAGCGCUUCCGGUCGCCGCGAUGUCGCCGAGCGUGGCCGAGCUGCUGCUGCAGCGGCUGGAGCGGGAGGCGGCGGGGCCCGGCGGCGGCCUCUGCAGCCUGGAGGCGGCCGCCGCGCUCGGCCUCGACCACCAGACGCUCGUGGGCGCUGUCAAGAGCCUGCAGGCGCUGGGGGAGGUGAUCGAGGCGGAGGCGCGGGCAGCCACGCGGUGGGAGCUGAGCCCCGAGGGUGCGGAGGUGCUGCGGGACGGCAGCGCCGAGGUGCGGCUCUUCCGGAGCCUCCCGGCGGAGGGGCUGCCCCAGAGCGACGCCAUGAAGCUGCCCGGCGGCUCGGUGGGCUUCAGCAAGGCCAUGGCCAACAAGUGGCUGCGCCUGGAGAAGGGAGCACCGGGUGGCCCCCGUGUCUUCCGUGCUGUGGCAGAGGUGCAGGACAGGGUGCAGGAGAGCCUGCGCCGGGUGCAGCGGGGGGAGGCCGAGAGCCUGCCCGAACGCGACCGUGCCGAGCUCAAGAGAAGGAAGCUGCUGCUGGAAGUCACUCUCAAGUCCUACUGGAUCCGCAAGGGCAGCGCCUUCAGCACUGCGGUGGCGCGGCAGGAGACGGAGCUGACGCCAGAGAUGAUCGCCACAGGGUCUUGGCAGCAGCGACCCUUCAAGCCCUACAACUUCUCGGCACUGGGGCUGCCGCCCGCCUGCGGCCACCUCCACCCCCUGCUAAAGGUGCGUUCCCAGCUCCGCCAGAUCUUCCUGGAGAUGGGGUUCACGGAGAUGCCCACCGACAACUUUGUGGAGAGCUCUUUCUGGAACUUUGAUGCCCUCUUCCAGCCCCAGCAGCACCCGGCCCGUGACCAGCACGACACCUUCUUCCUGCAGGACCCUGCCGAGGCCCCUGAGCUGCCCGCCGGCUACACGGCCAAGGUGAAGAAGGUCCACUCGCAGGGAGGCUAUGGCUCGCAGGGGUACAAGUACGAGUGGCGGCUGGAGGAGGCGCGGAGGAACCUGCUGCGCACCCACACAACGUCCGCCAGCGCCCGCGUGCUCUACCAGCUGGCCCGCCAGGAGAAGUUCUCCCCAGUGAAGUACUUCUCCAUUGACCGGGUCUUCCGCAACGAGAGCCUGGACGCCACUCACCUGGCCGAGUUCCACCAGGUAGAGGGGGUGGUGGCUGACCGCGGCCUCACCCUUGGCCACCUCAUGGGCACCCUCCGGCAAUUCUUCACCAAGCUGGGCAUCACUCAGCUGCGCUUCAAGCCGGCCUAUAACCCCUACACAGAGCCCAGCAUGGAGGUGUUCAGCUACCACAAGGGACUGAAGAAGUGGGUGGAGGUGGGGAACUCGGGGGUCUUCCGCCCUGAGCUGCUGCUGCCUAUGGGGCUGCCAGAGAACGUCUCCGUCAUCGCCUGGGGGCUCUCACUGGAGCGCCCCACCAUGAUCAAGUACGGCAUCAACAACAUCCGGGAGCUGGUGGGGCACCGGGUCAAUCUGCAGAUGGUCUACGACAGCCCCCUCUGCCGCCUGGACGCCUAGACCCCAUCCUGCCCAGGAGGGUCCCCCCUUAAUAAAGUCCCUUUGUCCA